CUCCUCCUGCUCCUCCUCCUCGUCCUCGUCCUAGUCGUCGCCUUCUUCUUCUUGAGCCCGCAAACACAAUCAAUCGCCCCUUCCCACCACUGACAUUUUGCAGACCGUCGCCGCACGCUGCGUGGACGGCGAGCACAAGGAACCUUCCCCGCUCUCUUUUGGACACCCUCCACUCCUCCCCGACAACACCGAGCAUCCCGACUGCUCGCGGCCGGAACGAGAGGCGCACUAGGCGGAGGAGCGCAGAGGCUGAGCCUGCUUGACUGUUGCCGAGCAGUGCAUCAUCAUUUUUGGGGAAGAACCGACUGGCGAGUCGCAUGGAGAAGAGGUAUGAAGAGCUGGUGCACUACUCUGGGACGGAGGGUUUGCCACUGGGGGUGUACGGGGAUGAUGUCAGAUCUCUUCCAGCCCCUCACUACGGAACUGCCAUCCCCGAUUCCCUCAAACACCACAAGGACCAGAUCUAUGGUCACCCCCUGUUCCCGCUACUGGCCUUAGUUUUUGAAAAGUGUGAGCUUGCCACCUGCUCCCCCCGAGACGCCGCCUCCCUUUCGGCCACCUCCCACCUGCCUGGCAUGACAAGCCACAGCGACGUGUGCUCCUCGGAAUCCUUUAACGAUGACAUUGCUGCAUUUGCUAAACAGAUUCGUUCAGAGAAACCUAUAUUUUCUUCUAGUCCUGAGCUGGACAACCUGAUGAUUCAGGCUAUACAAGUUCUUCGUUUUCAUUUGCUGGAGUUAGAGAAGGUGCAUGACCUAUGUGAUAACUUCUGCCACCGUUACAUCACCUGCCUGAAGGGCAAAAUGCCCACAGACUUGGUCCUGGAUGAGCGGGAGGGAGGCUCGAAAUCUGACAUGGAGGACUUUAACGGUUCCUGCAGCAGUCUGUCGGAACAGAACUCAUUGUGGUUACGGGAGCCAGAUGAAUGUGCCACCACUCCUUUGGGGACACCAGGCACCUGCGGCCUGCCUUCACACAGCACAGCAGACAACUGCAGUGAUACAGGCGACGGUCUGGACACGGGGGUGGCCUCCCCCAGCACAGGAGAGGACGACGAGUCUGACCGAGAGAGGAGAAACAACAAGAAGAGAGGCAUUUUUCCCAAAGUGGCCACAAACAUAAUGCGAGCGUGGCUCUUCCAGCAUCUGACGCACCCGUACCCGUCAGAGGAGCAGAAAAAGCAGCUGUCACAGGACACAGGUCUGACCAUCUUACAGGUCAACAACUGGUUCAUCAACGCCAGGAGGAGAAUCGUUCAGCCCAUGAUUGACCAAUCAAAUCGCUCAGGUCAGGGCGGUCCCUACAGCCCCGAGGGGGCGGCCCUUGGGGGGUACGGGCUCGACGGACAAGGCCACCUUGGCCUCCGAGCAGCAGCAGGUCUUCAGGGGAUGCCAUCUCUGCAAGGGGACUACCCUGGUACUUUAUUGUCCCAAGCAGCCUACCCACCCCACCCAGGACCUUCCCUCCACCGGUACCCGGGCCCACACCCACAUGCCGCCAUGCUGCUCCACCCGCCGCCGCAUGCCCACCCCACAGAGCCCCUCAUUGCACAAGGACUGGACAUACAUGCGCACUAGCUGUAGAGAGGGAGUGUCUGUGACCGUGAGUUUGAUGGUCCCUACACACUAUUUAAAGAAAACAAGAUCGCUUGCUCCAAGAGUUUACAUUCCGUACCAAAAGACAAUGACCUCAAUGUAGCUCUCGCACACACACACACAUACACACUGGCAUGCACACAUUGAAACACACACUGGUUUAAGCCAUACCUCUCUCCGAGCAGAAGUGCUUCCUCCGCUCCCAUCGUCUCCACUGUGUCCUGUGGAUGAGACCAAUGCUUUAAACUUCAUAUCCCACCAUGCCUAUUGUUGGACCACCAGAAGAGCGGACAUGACAGGAUAGACAUGACUAAUAUUUAUCGCCAGAUGUGUUUUUCCAAGACAAAGAUAUUACUGGAUGGGACUCAAUCCUGUGACCAUGCCUUCUUCAAGUCUUGUCUUCCUGCACAAGCGACUGCCCGGGAAAAAAAAAGAAGAAAAAAAACACAUACACCCUUCUCUUACACUUUAUUUAAGGCUGUUUUGAUUUUUUACUUAUUCUAUUUUUGUAUUUAUGUGUGCCAAUUAUGGCAGAGGCAGUUUGACACAAGCUUGUUUCAAAUCUUAGUGCUCUUCCUCAGCAUGAAGCGAAAAACGAUGAAUGACUUCCAGUCUGCCUCGCUCUCAUACCACUGACCUCCUUAAUAUGCCAACAGGUGUUCGUUGCGCAGCGCGCGCACACACACAUACACGCACACGCACACACACAUACACGCACACGCACACACACACACACACUGAUGAGACAAGCUCUUGAAUCAUUUGCAUACAUGUGUGUCGCAGCAGUGAGACGGGAGCUGCAGCCAAAGGACUCUUUAAACAUUCUCCUCCCUAUGAACUCUGCUCUGCUCAGACUGCAUUGAAAUGUUUCUGAAUGAUAUGGUCAAAGAAUUAAAAUGUUUUUUUGUAGCACA